CUGCGACAUUAAUAUUGCAACUGAGUCACUGUUGUUCGAUUAACAAUGCGGUUGAUGAUGACGCUAAUGGUUCGCACCACGGCUCAAACCUUGCGUGAUCAUUCCGCGCUCCUCGGUCGAUCUCGUUGGAUCUGGAUUCGCGAAUCCGGAAGCUUCUACCCUCCUCUUCUCUGGAAUCCUCCUCUUCCUCCCCGGCCCUUUAUGACACGAAACCGUCCCGUUUAACGCCGAUGUGAAAAGCCCAAUCCGAUUCUCGAAGAGAAAAGAAGAAAAGAAAGAAGAAGGCAUAUGGCGGACUCCACCUUCUUUGGUGAUCCAUUCCGCCGCUUUUUCUGGAGCCCUCUCGUCUGGUCCGGAUCACCCUCCGCCCCCGCCGCCAUGGACUGGCUCGAGACCCCUUCCUCCCACAUCUUCAAGAUCGACGUCCCAGGUUCUGGGAGAGACGACGUGGAGGUGCAGCUGGAGGAAGGGAACGUCAUCAGCAUCAGGUCGGAGGGCUCAUCAGCGACGGCCGCGAAGGAGGAGCAGCAGCUCAAGGAGGUGGUGUGGCACGUGGCGGAGAGGGGGAGAGGGAGCUUCUCACGCCAGAUUGCUCUGCCGGAUAACGUGAGGGCGGAUCAGAUCAAGGCGCACGUCGAGAACGGCGUCCUCACCGUUGUCGUCCCCAAAGAGCCGAUCCCGCCCAAACCGAAGCCGAGGACCAUCGCCGUCUCCAGCAAGCUCUGAUGCAUCGAAGAAGACCACGAGUAAAUCAAAUCGAUGUCAGAAAUUAUUAGUGUUGGUUUAAUGGUAUCAACUCCUGUAGACGCUAAAGUGUUUUGAUUGUGUUGAUCGGGAUAUGUCGCAAGAGAAUUUGUAUGGGAACAUUCAGAUGGA